AUGAGUUCGAAAAUUGUGAAAUUUCCUGAACUGUCUGAUGAAGAGAUCGAGCAAGACCUGCUCCCUAAUUUGUUGCAAUGGUCAUUGGCAAACGGUUUGAUUAUGUAUCCGCCAAAUUAUAGCAUUGAACAGAGUACACCUGUUACAAUGACGCUUUUUCCUACACCAUUUCCCCGGGGUUGUUUUUUAGAUGCCGUUGAUGUGCAGUUGGCGUAUAAUACACUUUACGCAGUCAUCUCUCAAGAUAAAGACGGUUGGUUAUCACGUGAAAGUGAAAUAUUAUCCCAUACUGAUCCUGAUUUCACUGGACAACUUUGGAACUUGUUCUGCAGGGCCAAGGCGUAUGGUAUUCCUCAGAAAAUAGGCCUUGGUAUUUUUAGAUCUGACUAUUUUGUUGACAAAAACAGUGUCCAACUUAAGCAGGUUGAGUUCAAUACUGUUAGCGUGUCAUUUGGUGGCCUAUCUGGUAAAAUUUGCGAACUACACAGAUAUCUAAACGGUUCAGGAAGAUACAGUAACGAUGGGGGCGAGUUCUACGACUUGGAACAGCCAUUAUCAACUUCGGCUGAGUCAUUGGCGGAAGGAAUUGCAAUUGCAGUGGAUAAGUAUAAUGAGAUAUCAAGAACGCAUCAAACAAUAGUUGCAUUUAUUGUUCAAAAUGACGAACGAAACGUGUUCGACCAGAGAAUUUUGGAAUAUAACCUAUUCAAGCAUCAUAAUAUUAAGUCAUGUAGGUUAACGCUACAUGAAAUUCAUGAAAAGACAAAGACAGAUGCUACUUCUAGGAGGCUUUAUUUGAAUGCAACGAACCAAGAAAUAUCGGUAGUAUACUUCAGGGCAGGUUAUAGUCCGGCUGACUUUUCAUGCGAUCAAGAUUGGGAAAACAGAUUGAGUUUGGAAACAAGUUUAGCGAUCAAGGCUCCCAACUUGUUAACUCAACUUUCAGGUACUAAGAAGAUUCAGCAACUAUUGACCAGCAGUUCUGUAUUAACCCGUUUUGUCUCCGAAGAAGUUGCAUCAAAAUUGUCUCCAACUUUUGUGAAGAUGUAUCCUCUGGAUGAUACCGAGAUGGGGAAGAUAGGUCGAGCUUUGGCACUCAACGAGCCAGAAAAUUACGUUUUGAAACCUCAAAGAGAGGGUGGUGGGAAUAAUAUCUACAAGAAAGAUAUACCAACUUUCUUAACUUCAAUCUCGGAACAAGAAUGGAGCGGAUAUGUUUUAAUGGAGUUGAUUAACCCCUUGGAAACAACCGGCAAUGUCAUAAUUCGAGGCCAGGAGAUACACCGUAGCCCAAUAUUGAGUGAAUUGGGCGUUUUUGGCACUAUACUAUUUGAUGAUGAGCAAAUCUAUAGUAACAAGUACGCUGGGUGGCUCCUAAGAUCCAAGUUUUCAUAUUCAAAUGAGGGUGGUGUCGCAGCGGGUUUUGGUUGUGUUGAUAGUGUCGUGCUUUACUAA